GUCCGGCGAAAUCGCUUCCUCCUCACGUAGCACGGCUUCCGCGUCUGCAACAAUCAUUCCAUAUUUAACUUCAUUUCGUUAGAAGCACUAAUUUAAAAAACAACUAUACAAUAAAUAAUGACAAAAAAAGGUGUGUGUGAGACUCACACACGAUAGAAGUGAAACUUCAGUAAAUCGACAAAAGAAUGAGAUGAAUAUAUAUAAAAUAUAAAAUAGUUUGCAUAUUUCUGUUUAAUUCUUUGCUGGCUUCAUUCUACACAUUUUUGUAUUUGUGUCUCUUACCAGUCGUUUUUUCCGUUGCAUCAGGUUUGAAAUCACAACGAUUCUAAAGAAGUUUCACUUCAACAAUGAAAAAUUUCGAUAUUGUGUCGUCAUGGCGAUUAAUUUUAAAAAUUAUUGAUCAAACGUAAGCACUGUACGAGUAAGUAACGGUCGGAGCGCGGUGGUCAGUGCUCAGUGGCGAUGUCGGCGGAGGCGAGCGAGGCGGCGCCGGGCCCGAGCCCCGCGCGGCCGCUACAUCCGCGCUCCUUCAAGCUGCGGUUUGCUUCACAGCGUGAACUCGGCCGCUCUCACGUUUCGGCCGUUAAGCCCCUUGCUUUACCGGCUACGGUUACGGGCAAGUUCCAGCAGCGCGCGCAGGGCGAGGUGUGCGCGGCGCAGGAGGCGAGCGCGCUCGCUCGCGUCUCUGACAUGUUCCGAUUGGGGCCCAAGGACAAGCACUCCAUGCCACAUGUUACUUCACAUGAGUAUGGGUGGUGGUCUGAGCAUGGUGGGCGCUGGCAAGAGUCUAAAUGGCUUCACCAUCACAUCUGUGACUCUGCAUGGCUCAAGGAGAGGCUUAGGGUACUGGCCGCAGAUGCAAGCUAUAAGCGAUGCUGAUCUAUUGAUAAUAUUUAACUAUGUUUUAU